AUGGCUCUGACCAACAGGGGUGUGGGUCAGCUCAAGGACUUGGCAACCAUGGUUGCAGAGGAGCCACUGUCGGACGCUCAAGUUGAAGCGUUCCAGGCUGUCUUUGAGCUGUUUGCCACCGAUAGUCAUGGCUCCAUCGACGUAGUGGGUCUCUCCUCCCUAUUGGACACAGUAAACAUGAGACUCAGCCCCGAGCAGACUGAGGCUGCCCUACAUAGGGCCGACUAUGACGCGGAAUCCCCUGACCCAUCUCAGAGUGUGGAUCAGUCAGACUCAGUAUUCUACAAAGCCUUGAAUCAGAUGCUGAAUGCGGGCCUCAUUCCCAGCAGUGCCACUGGGGAGAUAGUUCGGUAUUACCAUAAGAAGUCGCUGAGUCAUGUGUUGCGGGUGGCGCCGCAUCAGAACAAGAGCAGGGGUCAUGUGAUCACCUACUACGCCAAGGGGGCCCAUCUGGUGGGCCUGCAGCCCAAGCAGCUGAUGAAGUACAUCAAACCCAACGCUCCCAGUACCAGCCCAUAUUCUAAGCGGCCCAGCCUGAACGUCAAGUCAAAGGUCAUGGUGGGCAAGCGGGUGGCGACACAGGGAAGUGUCCCCUCUGCCAAGACCUGGAAGACCGUGGAGAUCGAGGAGCGCAUCAGACAGUUAUCAAUCAAGUACCCAGGAAAGGAGACUAAGUCCAUGAUCACUCCGGUCAAGAUCAAGGUGGACCUGCAAGUGAAGGACCGAGAACGUCUCACCUAUGACAACAUCAACCAAAUACACCGCAAGUCCAAAGAGGGCUUGAACACCUACCUGGAGACGCUGAGCCAGUACAAGCAGCGGGACACCUGGGACUCCUGGGGCUCGCUGCAGAGCUACCACAGCUCUCUGGGCCACAGUGCCUUCUCUGACACAUUCUCCACCUACAGCUGGAGCUGGAGUGGCUGCCGCAACAUGCUGCAGCCCCGCGACCUGCUGGAAGAGAGGCACAACUUGCCUCUGCUGCCACACCAGUAUUAG